AAACACUGCCUAGCCUGCUAAGCUACCAACCAGAUCAGCAAGAAACACAGCAAGCUAGCCCACAUAAUAAAUUAGACAAAGAAAGCUUGUGAAGAGUCUCCCUGAAAAAGAGUCCAAAGUGACGGAUGGUGACAGGAGCGCUUGUGACACUAAGCGGCAUACCUUACUUGACACAUACGGAAGUAUGAAAUUGAAAGGCUGGGACAUGAAGAUGGGACCAUGAAAUAUCCCGUGACGUACUAGACAUACCACCUUUAUAAUACUUAAAACUGCUAAGAGUGCUUUAAAGACGAGAGUGCUACCUCCAAAGUGGUGAUGUCACGGGUUCCCACGCCCCCUCCUCCUGGGGAGAUGUCAAGUGGACCUGUGGCAGAGAGCUGGUGUUACACACAGGUCAAGGUUGUCAAGUUUUCCUACAUGUGGACCAUAAACAACUUUAGUUUUUGCAGAGAAGAAAUGGGAGAGGUGCUGAAGAGUUCAACCUUCUCCUCUGGCCCUAAUGACAAAAUGAAGUGGUGUCUGCGAGUCAAUCCAAAGGGACUUGACGAUGAAAGCAAAGAUUAUCUAUCAUUAUAUUUACUUCUUGUUAGUUGUCCAAAAAGUGAAGUCAGAGCAAAAUUCAAGUUUUCCUUGCUGAAUGCCAAGCGAGAGGAGACGAAAGCGAUGGAAAGCCAAAGAGCCUACAGGUUUGUCCAAGGCAAAGAUUGGGGUUUCAAAAAGUUCAUCAGGAGAGAUUUCCUCCUGGACGAAGCCAACGGACUUCUUCCUGAUGACAAACUUACUCUUUUCUGUGAGGUCAGCGUAGUCCAGGACUCUGUGAACAUUUCUGGCCAGUCCAACAUGAACAUGCUUAAGGUGCCUGAGUGUCAGCUGUCCGACGACCUGGGAAACCUUUGGGAGUGUUCACGCUUCACCGACUGCAGCCUCUAUGUAGGAGGACAAGAGUUCAAAGCCCACAAAUCCAUCCUGGCAGCAAGGUCGCCCGUCUUCAAUGCCAUGUUUGAGCAUGAAAUGGAAGAGAGUAAAAAGAACCGUGUCGACAUAAGUGAUGUGGACCCCGACGUCUUCAAAGAAAUGAUGGGCUUCAUCUACACAGGAAAGGCCCCAAACCUGGAGAAGAUGGCAGACAACCUGCUGGCAGCUGCAGACAAAUACGCUCUGGAGCGUUUAAAAGUCAUGUGCGAAGAGGCCCUGUGCAACAGCCUCUCGGUGGAGAACGUGGCCGACACCCUCAUCCUGGCAGACUUGCACAGCGCCGAGCAGCUCAAAGCACAAGCCAUAGAUUUUAUCAACAGGUGCAGUGUCCUCAGACAGCUGGGCUGUAAAGAUGGAAAGAACUGGAAUAGCAACCACGCCACAGACAUAAUGGAGACGGCGGGCUGGAAGUCCAUGAUCCAGUCGCACCCCCACUUGGUGGCCGAGGCCUUCCGCGCCCUGGCCUCGGCGCAGUGCCCGCCCUUCGGUCCCCCCCGCAAGCGCCUAAAACAGUCGUGACGGCCCGGGACCCGCCGCCGGCUCUGAGGAGGAAAAGACUCGUGAGGACGCCACUCUUGCUGAAUUCCACCAACACAGAGCACACUUGAACAGAGAAGCGUGGCGCCUCCUCGCCAGGGAUGCGGGAGGGGGGAGAUGGGGGGGGGGAGGCUGGCACAAUGGACUUGUGGGGACGAAAGACGAGAGGGGAAAAAAAAAAAGAAAGAAAGAAAGAUGUCUUGCUUUGCUGCCCUGACUGUCUAGCGUUCAGGGAGGGUAGCAAGUCAAGCUGUCUGCUUGUUUUUUUUUUUUAUUAUUAUUUUCCUGUAAUUGUUCAAAAUGGCCUUAAUAAAUCUGCCAUUGCUCUGGA